UCAAAUCCAUCUCCCAUGUGUCCUGAAAACCUCAAUCCGGCGAGCACUUGCGGGCGGCGAUGGAGGUGUUGAGAUUGAGGAUGAGCUUCGCCGCCGCCUUCGCGCUGCUCUCGCUCCUGAUGGCGUUCGUCCUCCCUUCCCCCGUCGCCGCCCAAAGCCCGGCGCCAUCUCCUUCGAGCGACGGAGUGGCGGUCGAUCAGGGAAUCGCGUGCUUGCUGAUGCUCGUGGCUCUGGUGCUCACCUACAUCAUCCACUGAAGUUCCUCCCCUCCCCUCCCAUUUUCAUUUCUGAUCUCUCCAUGUAAACACAACAGAACAGAUUCAUUUCAUUUGAUCAUAUUCUUGUGCAAA